GAAUCAUAAUAUGCAUGCCAAUUGCCAACACUUUCUUCUCCACGUUUCUUUAUUCCUACAACUCUUCCAUUUCAGCAAAUAUCAUCAUCAACCAUUGCCAUUUUCUUUAUCCAUCAUAAACCAUAAUUACAUAUAUCAGCAUUUCAGUAAGAGAUGUUGUUGUUGUGGAUUGGAGCUUUGGUUCCCCUUAUAUGCAUCACAUAUUGGGUUUACCACUGGAGGAAUCCUAGAUGUAAUGGCAAACUCCCACCAGGUUCUAUGGGUUUCCCACUUCUUGGUGAGACUCUUCAGUUCUUCAGCCGCAACACUACUAAUGAUAUUUCCCCCUUUCUCAAAGAGAGAAUGAAAUGGUAUGGGCCAGUAUUCAAGACGAGCAUAGUGGGACAACCGGUAAUCGUAUUGACCGAUCCGGAUCUCAAUCACUUUGUGUUUCUUCAAGAAGGGCAACUGUUUCAGAGCUGGUAUCCGGAUACGUUCACAAAGAUCUUAGGACGUCAAAAUGUAGGAUCCUUACAUGGCUUCAUGUUCAAGUACCUAAAGAAUAUGGUGCUUAGUCUCUUUGGCCCUGAAAAUAUAAAAAAGAUGCUCCCUGAAGUUGAGCGAACAGCUUGUAGAAGGUUACAACGAUGGUUAAUCCAAGAAACAGUUGAAUUAAAAGAAGCAACCGCUGCUAUGAUAUUUGAUCUGACGGCCAAAAAGCUGAUAAGUUACGACCAAGACAAUGCCUCCAAGAAUCUGAGGGAGAACUUCGUUGCCUUCAUAAAAGGAUUACUCUCCUUUCCCUUGGAUAUUCCUGGAACAGCAUAUCACAAAUGUUUACAGGGAAGGAAAAAUGCAAUGAAAAUGCUAAAGAACCUGCUAAACGAAAGGCGGGCAAUGCCAGGGAAGAGCCGAAGUGACUUUUUCGAUUUUGUCCUUGAAGAACUUCAGAAAGAGGGAACAAUUCUAACAGAGGAAAUAGCUCUGGAUUUGAUGUUCCUUCUACUAUUUGCCAGUUUUGAAACAACUUCCAUGGCUCUAACUUUAGCAGUAAAAUUCCUUUCUGAUGACCCUUCAGUGCUGAAAAAACUAAGGGAAGAGCAUGAGACAAUUCUACGAAACAGGGAAAAUACAGACUCUGGGCUUACAUGGAAAGAAUAUAAAUCAAUGACAUACACAUUCCAGUUCAUCAAUGAAACAGUUAGACUAGCAAAUAUAGCGCCAGUAAUCUUCAGAAAAGCACUAAGAGAAAUCCAUUUUAAAGGAUAUACUAUUCCAGCUGGUUGGGCAAUAAUGGUCUGUCCCUCAGCUGUGCACUUGAAUCCAGCAAAAUAUAAAGAUCCCCUGACCUUUAAUCCAUCAAGAUGGGAGGGCGUAGAAAUAAAUGGAGCCACAAAGAAUUUCAUGGCAUUUGGUGGUGGCUUGAGAUUUUGCGUCGGAGCAGAUUUCGCUAAAGUGCAGAUGGCUGUGUUUCUCCAUUGCCUGGUUACGAAGUACAGGUGGGAACCGAUCAAAGGAGGAAAUAUACUCCGAACUCCAGGUUUACAGCUUCCAGAUGGCUUUCACAUACGGCUCAUGGAGAAAACUAGAAUGGAGUAAGUUGUUCGUGCAGAGUGAUUGCUCGUGACUCAAAAGGCAUGGAAAAGAAAACCCAAGUAUAUCACUCUGCACAACAAAAGGCAACAGGUAUAUUAUUAACACAACAUCAUCAUAAGUAAUUAAGGUUCAAUUCAAAUAAAUGGAACUAAAUAUGAAAUGUUAUUGUCACAAUAACCUAUAUGUUUCUCUGAUAAUGAAGUGCACCAAACAUUUUUGCAGGUA